GAGCUUCAGGUCCUGCUCCGACUGCCCUCACCUGACGGGAAGAUGAAGGUCUCUGCAGCUGGUUUUGCUCUUCUCCUCAUUGCAGCCUCUUGCUCCCAAACUUCCUCUGGUCCAGUUGGAUCCGACCUCCCGAUCUGCUGCUUCUCUUACACGCAGCACAAGCUCCCGCAGAAGCUCAUCCUGCGUUACUACAGCACCAGCACCAGCUGCACUCUGCCGGCCAUCGUGUUCAUCACAAAGAAAGGCCGCCAGGUCUGUGCCAACCCCAGCGACACCUGGGUUCAAAGUUACCUGCAAAACUUGAAGCAGAACUGA